GACAUGUAUAUAAGUAAUUUACGUGAUAACAAAAACAUGUAAUUUUAACUUUGCCUAUGUUAUUAUAUAUAUUAUGAUUCUCAGUAACUAAACACGAUAGCUUGUGAUUUUGAACGUGUACAUUUUAAAUUUUAAAUUGUGGAAACAUCGCUCUGUGUAAUGGCAACUGGAAAUUUGACAAUUAAUAACUGACAUGACAUUACUGACAUGCCGUGUUGUUGUUUGUUUACACUUAAAAUUUUCAGGAAACUGGUGGGCUUAUUUUAUCAGCUUAAUUUUAUCAUUUGAAUGUAAAUACUCAUUUGCAAUGACUUAGUUAUCUAUAGGUAAUCAGUGUAGAAAAUUUGGCGUGCAGAUGAUAAAUGGUUUUGAGUCAUAUUGGACAUACUGAUAAUUUCUUACAAAUGGCAAGUUCUUCGGGUCAAUUAUCGCAUCAAAGCAGUUUCUGGAAAAACAUGAAAGAAUUUCCACCUGUAAUUGAUGGAAGAAUACAUUUUGUGAGUUUCUUAGAAGCUGCAAAUGAUUUGAUAUCAUUAGUGGAACGUCUUGGCAAGGUGUUUGUGCCAGUUAAAUAUGAUAUGCAAGGGAAUAUUGAUAAAGUAAAGAAGCAUUAUCAAUACGAUGAAGCAUCCUGCUUGCUUGAGUUAAUGCUUGAUGAAUAUAGCAGAGGAAAACUGAAUGCACUAGAGGGCAUAUUAUGGCUUAAUAGAGCAUUCUUGUUUUUCGAACUGGCAUUUCAAGAAAUAAUUAAAUGUCUGCAGUCUGGUAACUAUGAUAUAAACAUGGCCAAAAUAUUUACAGUGGCAUACGAAGGAUCUGUCAAAAAAUACCACAAUUGGGUAACACAACAAAUAUUUUUUUUUAUCUGCAAAAUGUCUCCGUCGUUGCUUCAACUUUUGAAAUCCCUUGAAGUUGAUAGUGAUAUGAAAACAUUUGAAACGAAAUUAGUCCAAUUCAACAUAACAUUGCAUUUAAAUAGGUGUAAAAUUGAUGACUUUUUUAAAGAUCACCAAUUGUUUGAAGAUUAGAUGAUAAGCUAUCCAAUUCAAAUCCCAAAGUGUCCUAGUUUAAAAUAUGAAUACAGUUAGAUUUUGUUAUUUGUAACAAUAAAUUGACUAGAAAUAGAUUUUGUAUUAUAAUACACUAAAAAUUAUUGUAAAGGAUCACUUCUAUUAUUAUUACCAAUUACCUAACUACUUAAUUUUUUUAAAUAAUCAUGUAAUGUGUUUAACCAUUAAAUAGAGGUGGUCCUAACUGUAACCUAAGAUAACCUACACCUAAAUGCUGUGUUAGUACCUAUAGAGCAAGAGGCUAUUAUAAAAUAGAUAUUUAUUAAUUACAUUACCAAUAGGAUUUUUUGUAUUGUGAACCAAAAAUGUACUUGUGACUUCCAACUAGAAGUGGAAUAUAUUUUUGUGUAAUAACAUUUCUGUUAACAUCUAUGGAAGCAAAUACACACAGAUUUUCGAAGACUAGUGCCUUGAGUGGUUGACAGCAAGAAUUACAAAUUAUUGUGUAUAAGAAAGGUUCAAAACAUUUUAAUGAAAUACAUUAUGAAGAUGUUAUAUUUUGUACCAGUAGCUAUAAUGAGAAUGCUCUAAAAAUAAUUUUAACCCAAGAAAAUUAAGCAAUGAGAUGUGUAGAGUAUUAAGGUGCUAGUAAUAGUUUGAGAGAUGUCACUUAGAUCUUUGUUUGUGUAUUACAAAAUUGUGUUAAUUAUAUAUUUAUUCUUAUAAAUAUUACUGUAAAACCGAUUGGAGCUUUGCUGCUACACAUGUUAGCUUAUAAUGAAUUCAUUAUAAAUCUUGAGUGACUAUGGAAGUUGUCAAACAACAUAAAUAAACAUUUUUAAAAUGCA